AUGCGAUCAGUGCUCGAGAAAGUCACAGUCGUGCACGUUCACAGUGGCUCCCUCGUCGACCAGCAACUCAUUGUCGCACUCGAUCUAGUCUUGACACGUAUGGACCGAUUAGAGCAAACUGUCAAGAAUCGAAGCAGACCAGAGACCGUCGAAAAUCUAAACGAGUUCCACGAAACUCAAAAAUGGCUGGCACAAUUGAACAAGCAAACUGGCUGCUUUGAGUACUACGGCCGAACGUCGACAUUCGUGGUCGCUUUAGCCCUCCAGAAGAGGAUCAAGCAGCUCGAAGGCGGCACAGACUCUCCACCACCAGGAAAACGACUCUGCAUAGGUCCCCGAGCUCCUCCAGUGAUCGAUCAUGUUCAAGAUGCAUCAGGGUUAGGAUUGAACGACCUGACCGGCUUUUCCGACUAUGUCAUUCCCUCCAACACGACCGUGCGUCAACAAUAUCGCCUGCGAAGUCAAAUCACAGACCAACACGUCGAAAGCUUUUUCCGCACCAUCCACAAUUUCCUUCCGGUCCUCGACGUGAGCAGGUUCCGUGCGAAGUACGGAGAGCUCAGACGCCUCUUCGACGGCACUCAGGCGUUCACGCUGGGUCGUGGAGAUCAGGACGGAAACCAGUUCUUGUGCCUGCUCUACGCGGUAUUGGCGCUCGGCGCUCAGUAUGAAGACGACAAAGAAGAUAGCCCGUUGUGGGGUUCAUGGUACUUUGCAGAAGCUCAAAAACUGCUGGGCCGUCUUCUAGAUGCUGUCACUCUAGAGCUCGUCCAGGCGGCAAUGUUUAUGGCUUGUAUUCCCAUCCUACUAGCAGGAGCCCGAAUACUGACAGAACCGAAGGGGGCCUAUGCGCAGCACGCCAUUAAACCCAACUUGGCAUACAACCUCACAGGCAUCGCAACCCGGCUGGCAUUUUCAAUCGGGUUGAGCAUCGAGUCGAACUAUCGCUCGCCAGCCUUCGACGCCGAAGAGGCCCGAAGGACAUGGUGGAUAAUCUACAUCCAGGAGGUCGAGUUGAGCUUGGACUCGGGCAGACCGAUGUCAAUCCAUGCUUCAGAAUCAGUGGCAGAUUUCUCCAGCGACUCUUUGAAUCUGAUGGGAACACCCUCUGUGGCUCCGUUGUUCCCUGAGACGGUUGAAACACUGAGGCACGACCUUCGAACAUGGCACGCGUCGCUGCCGGUGCAUCUGCGGUUCUACGACAAGCGCUACGAGUCAGGCUCGAUAUCCAAGGAGGCACUCUUGACCUGGAAAGCACGGCAGCGCAGUAGCCUGCGAAUCCACUACAAUCUCGCCACAAUCAUUCUGCUUCGAAACUCGCUCAACCCGCAAACCGCAGACGAGACGCGCUCCGACGCGGAAACCGGGGACCAUCUCGAGCUAUUGUACCAGAUCUCAUGCGUCGACGCGGCGCGUGACAUGAUCCUGCACAUUCACCAGAUCUUCUGCAUUGCACCGAGUCUGAGCCGAUGGAUUUACUAUUGCUUCUACUGUCUACAGGCUGUGCUGGUGCUGAUGAUGAAGAUGGUCGACGACAACAGCCAUGCUCGCAAACGGCGAGGUUCGACCCUCUCGUGGAUGCACGGCAACGAGACGGAAGACAGUUCGAAUGUUCAACGGGAUUUGCGGUGUUACUGUGAGAUGAGCAUCGACAUAUUCGAGAAACUCAAGUUGAAGGCCGCGGAGCGAUGUGCACAAGUGGUGCGCAGCUUUCUCGGCAGAUGGGAGAGCAGCAGGGCGAGAUCGAAACAUCACCGACCGUUACAUCUGCCCGACCAGUCGAACAGAACAGGUCCGCAGCAGCGACCGGAAGAUCUAUUGCAGCAACUGGGAAACCCUCCGUCGAUGGCCGUGUCUGAAAUCCACAUGCCCUCGACGCGUGCAGCGACAUUAUACAACCAGCCUCGGUUUCCUACGCCUCCGUCCUGGUCAUCUCGUAACCAGGGGGCGACAGUGAGCAGCCAACAGCAGGAGCGCCGAGAAGUUUCCGACCGGGCAGCUAGCGAAGGUCGAGCAAUGUUGGUCGUUGCCAACGAAAGAGACUUUUGCACCGAUAGCACCCCUUCGACAAACUCGUUGGCCGACCUGUACGCCGAGCUCGCGUCAUUCAGCGCCCUCCAUGGUAGCCGUGUCGGCGAUUUCAACGAGAUGGAUUUUGCCUCGGAUGGCCCAGCGUCGUGGUCUGCAUUGGGCUUGAACAUGCCUGUCGAAUAUGUACUCAAGUCAGGAUUUGGGAACGAGGAGGAGAAUCCCUUCUUUGACUGA